AAAAAAAAAUCGAUGGAGCGGCGGACAUUCCUCAAAACCGAAGCCACCGGACAUCCCAUGGGAAACGCGAGAGGGUUCGCCGGUUCGGGUUAAAACCGGGCGACGCGCGGUCUGGCAGCUUCAGAGUUCAGACGCCUCGCGCAACAGCCCCCAGUCGCCCGUCUCCCGCCGCGUCCGGCUGCGGCAACUCGACCAGCGCCGGUCACCAUGAGGACUAGUUGAUUUGCUUAUGUAUUUUUGUGGGCUAGCCAGCCUAACAGUUAGUACCAGAUCAGUUAUUAUUUUAUUAUUUUUAGGGGAAAUGGAAAAAAAAUAUUCCCUUGAGAAAGCGGAUAGGAGAAACUGCGGAUCAUCAAAAUGAGAAACAAAUCUGAGAAAGCCAUCAGCAAGUUAGGGGCAAAUGGGCCAACACUGGCGAUACACCAUAGAGACUACCUCAAGGCGUCUUGCUGAUAGGAAAAUAGCACGAUUUGAGAAGAAUAUCACAAAGAGGGGUGCUGUUCCUGAGACAGUCAAGAAAGGAAAUGAUUAUCCUGUUGGACCCAUUUUGCUUGGGUUUUUCGUCUUUGUUGUUGUUGGAUCAUCUCUCUUUCAGAUCAUCAGGACAGCCACAAGUGCUGGUAUAUUCUGAGGAGGAUGGUUGUUCGCUUAUAGAUUCUCUUUAAUGUUCAGUAAUAGGGUUGAUAUAUGUCGUUGGUCACUUGGAAAAGAGAAGUGUACGGUGUAGCUGCAACUCUAUGAUGUUACCUUCUAAUAUUGCAAUGUGGAGAAUUUGUGUUA